CGGGGCCCCCGCCCGCGCCGCGCCCGCCGGAGGGCCGGCCGUGCCCGGGGCGGCCCCUCGCACCCCUGCCGCGGCCGCCGCCCGUGGGCGGUGCAUGGUGGCCGGCCAUGCCUGGCUACGGGUACAGCGGCACGGAGGGGCCGGCGGCGGGAGCCCCGGGAGUCCUCAGAGUCGCGGGACAGGCGCCGCGACAAGCGAAAGCGCGCGUCCCCGGCGGCCGCGCCGCCCAGCGACAAGAGGGAGAAGGCGGACAGGAGAGACCCCAAGAGGGACGGCGGGAAGGACAGGAAGGAGAAGGACCGCAGGCGUGAGGAGGGGGCGAAGGCGCCCGAGGAGCGGAGGAGGCGCCAGGACGACCAGGGCGAGGCUUCUCGCAGGGAGGACCCCCCAAGCGCCCGGCGUCCCAGCGGGGAGGAAAGCCCGCCCAGGAAGGCGGCGCGGGAGGAGAGAGCCCCACUGCGCGGGGCUCGGCGAAGGCCGGAGCAGACAAGAAGUCCUGGCGGCAGGAGGUCGAGGAUGAGGAGGACCGACGACCAGAGGGACCUCUCCACAGACGAGGAGGCACGCGACAAGAAGCUGGAAGAGGCCCGUAAGCGCCGGGAGGCGAUCAUGAAGGCGAAGAUGGCGGACAGGAAGAGCGAAGACCCUGGUCCUGGCGGGGGCGACGUGCGCGAAGAGGGCGAGGGCCCCAAGAAGGGCGGCGCGGCCACGCCCGAGAAGGCCGCUGCCAGCCCAGGCGAGGGGGCGACGAGCGGCAAGCAGGAGAUCGUCAGGCAGGAGGGGAUGGGGGACAUGUUCGACGAGCGCGCGGAGGCCGCCGACGAACUGAAGAAAGCCAUGCGGCAGUCGGCGGCCAUUGGCCUUACGGGGGCCUCGGGCGACGACUGGGACGACGAGGAGGGGUACUACAUACCCAAAAUCGGCGAGGUCAUGGGUGACCGAUUUCUCGUCGUCGAAACCUCCGGGGGCCGCGGUGUCUUCUCGAACGUGGUGAGGGCUAAGGAUCAGCAGGCCGAGGGCGAGCAGGCUGGCGCGAUCGUGGCCGUCAAGAUCCUGAGGGCCAACGACAUGAUGACGAAGGCCGCGGAGCAGGAGGUCAGCAUACUGGAGACGCUCAACGCCGCGGACAAGAGCGACAGGAUCUGCGGAUGUCUGCGGCACAUCAUCCGCCUGUUGUCCACGUUCGCGUAUCGCAGGCACUUCUGUCUCGUCUUCGAGGGGAUGGAGGACGACCUGAGAGGGGCGGUGAAAAAGCACACGAAGAACAAGGGCAUGUCCUUGCCUGCCGUGCGCGCGUACACGAAGCAGCUGAUAAUUGGCCUGGGCCACAUGCACAAACACAAGGUGAUCCACGCAGACAUCAAGCCAGACAACAUCCUGAUCGGGAAGGGGCAGCAGGUCGUCAAGUUCUGCGACCUCGGCACCGCCGUCCAGUUCAAGGACGACAUCAGCGUCUCUCCUUACCUGGCGAGCCGGUUCUACCGUGCCCCCGAGGUGAUCCUCGGGUGCACUUACGACGAACAGGUCGACAUACGUGCAUUGGGGCCCUGCGGAUCUUCACAGGCAAGGUCCUUCUGA